ACAGAGCGCUGCACCUCGCGGUCAUCCACGAGCACGAGGCUUUCCUGGAUUCCAUCCUGCAGCGCGCGGCAGGCACUGCUUACAUGGAUCUGCAGAACGACCUCGGGCAGACCGCCCUGCACCUGGCUGUCAUCUUGGGGCUGCCCGGCUUUGUGCGCAAGCUGCGGGCGGCGGGCGCGGGGUUGGGGCUGCAGGAACGUGGGGGUCACACAGCCCUGCACCUCGCGUGCCGAGAAGGGCAGCCCCACUGUGCCCAGCAUCUCCUGGGGGGUCUCCGUUGCCCCCUGAGCGAGGAGGAGCGUGCGCAGCUGGAGAGCGUCAACUAUGACGGUUACACCCCUUUGCACGUUGCCAUUCUUCGGAAGGACGUGGAAUUGGUGCAGCUGCUGUUGCGUGCCGGGGCCGACUCCAACAAAGCAGAGCCGAGCUGUGGCCGCAGCCCCCUGCAUCUGGCUGUGGAAGCACAGAGCUUGGAGAUGGCAGAGCUGCUGCUGCGGGCUGGUGCUGACCCAGCAGCAAGGGGCUACGGGGGUCGCACCCCCCUCUACAGUGCCAGACAUCGCCCAGACCCCCGCCUGCCCCAACUGCUGCGUGCUUUUGGGGCCCCUGACAGCUCCGGUGAUUCUGAGGACAGUGAGGAGGAUGAAGAUAGCGAGGAAGAUAACAGCAGCGGUGAGGAAUACGACGACAUUGUCAUCAACAGCGGUCGCUGUGCGGACUGAGGGGACACCCCUGGACCUGCAGCCACCCCCCCCUUAUUUAUCGGGGUCCCCUGAAGGCAUGGGCUGGACUUUGGGAGGCUCCCUGUGCCCCCCCUUUUUCUU